CUGGGGACGGCAUGUCUCCAUCCUCGAGAAAAGAACUGGAAGACUUUUCACAUGAAAACUUGGGAGGAUGCCUCGUCUUGUGUUUUUAAUCUUCGGACUGAAUCAUUCUGCAGACGAGGAGAUGUUCCUUUCUAGCUUGGGACCUUCAUGAGUCAGAUAACUCUGACAGUCCAGCCGAUAUGGACCGCGUGAGCAGGAAUAAAGCGGAGCAUGGGCGACAAACGCACCAGGUCUUACAGAGCACUCCUUUGGACCUGAUUGAAACAGGCAAGUCCCUCAAAGUCCAGGCAGAGCGCCCCCACCUGGUUAGCCUGGGAAGUGGACGCUUGAGCACAGCCAUCACUUUACUACCACUGCUGGAAGGAAAAACCACACUGGGAAGUGAGGGGACAGAUAUCCCCCUGCAGGGCCCCGGCAUCACAGCUAAGCACUGCUACAUUGAAAACCAGGCAGGCAACAUCACCUUGUACCCAUGUGGGAACCAGUGUUCAGUAGACGGCCUUCGCAUCACCAAACCCUGUCGGCUUACUCAAGGCUGCAUGCUGUGCUUCGGUCAGUCGGCCUUUUUCCGUUUCAACCAUCCUGAAGAGGCUCAGAGGAUGAAGAGCAUGCUACCCGAGGGGAGCCGCGGGCUGAGCGCCACAAAAACUCCUGACCCCCAUAAGACUCUGAAUGGGAACCAUGACUCCAAAAUUAACAACAUGGCAAAAACCCUGCAGGACUCUUUGGUGCUCAAGACUUCAUCAUCGUCAUUGUCAGGGAUUGGUAAACAGCCUGUUCCCCCAGAGAUGCUAAAUGGAAGCAGCAGCUCCAAAAUAGAUAUCUCCAUUUAUGAGAACAGCAGCAGCUUCUUGAGCCAGAACCUUGAUGGCCAUCCAGUACCUGCCCAGUCAGCUCAUACCAAUCACACCCCUGUCCCGCAUCCACGGACCUCACUCUCUGUGGCUGCAAGUGGUACCAGUGGAGAUUUGGAGAGUCCAAAGCCUCUAAGAAACAUGAGGACAGAGGCAUCGUGCCCCACACCAUAUAUCAGGGGGUCAGGACAGAGCACAGAAAACUUAAGCCAAAGUCACAAACCACCAUCCCUCAAGUUUUCCCCAAAGGCUCCAUCCAGCCCUCAAUUAAGAGUUUCCUCCCUACAGAAGAGAUCCCAAAGCCCCUUGCGCGAGCAGGGUCAGUAUCUCUCCCAUGUAGACGUACCUCAAAGGCUCAUUAAUCCAGACCCAUCUGGGUCCAGCAGCCUUAGAGAACUUCCUCCGCUCAGCCCUCACAUGUCCUGCAGAGGGACAUCAGGAUCGCAGGGUUCGUCUCUCCCCUUUACCUCACAAGGCUUCACUGCUAAACCCAUCCCAGAGAGCCCCCAGGGCAACCGGAAACCCACAACUCCUUCAAAAGCAGAAGUCAUGAGGGCACAAUAUGCCCAGAGUCCAUCACCACUCCCUGGAAUGGAGAAGGAGCAAGGAAGCAGGCAGUUAAGGCCUGCCCCGGGAAAUGCCACCAUCUCAGGCUUAGGCUCUGUGUCUGGUAUGUCUCCUCUCACUAGCCCUCAAAGCCUAAGAAAGACCUCUUGUGUGACUGUGAAGGGAUCAUCGAGCAAGGAACCAAAUCUUUCAAAACCAUAUACACGGGAACGCAAAAACAGCAUCUCUGAGAUCAGUGACAAUGAGGACGAGCUGCUUGAAUAUCAUCGAUGGCAGAGAGAGGAGAGGCUGCGUGAGCAGGAAAUGGAGAAACUGGAGCGACAGAGAUUGGAGACCAUCCUGAACUUGUGCGCAGAGUAUAACCAUGAGGAUGGUUCUGUGGAGCUGGUGAGGAGUGGCCUGCUGGGUGCUGCUAGAGGACUUUGCUCAGACUUGGGAGGUGGGAUGGCUCUGCCGGGAGACGGUCGACACCAGAGGGUGAGAGAAAAUGACGAGGAAAUCCAGAGAGAGGAGUCUAGCAGCACAGAGAGCACACAUCAAGAGUGUGAAGAGCUGUUAGCUGGACAGCAGCAGAUGUACCUGGAGGAGGAGAGGAACAGGAUCUUGGCCAGGGUUGAUGACUUGAAGCACAGAGUUAGCGAGCUGGAGCAGCAGCUACAAGAGACCAAACAUGAGGUGGAGAUGGAGCAAGCCCUGCUGCAAGCGGAGAGGCGGGCAGAGCAGGAGCAGGUGGAGGCUGAAAAUGAAAUGAUCUCCCAGUUACAGCUCAAACUCAGCCAGAUGGACAAGGCCACCCAGAAGGAGAAGGACAAGGGGAGGGCUAAUGUGUCGGCUGAGCGGAAGGCCCUGGAAAAGCAGAGGAAUGAGUACAAUGAGCUGAAGAGGCAGUUUGAUAAGUGCCCCUUGUCUCUAAGGGAACAGUUACAGGAGCAGCUCAGCAGGAAAGCUGAAGCUCUGGAGUCUGGGACCAAGCAGUUUGAGGAGAUGGAGUUCUGCCAGCUGGAGGAAGAGAGCCGCCUAGAGGAGAAGAAGGAAGCUCAGAGCUCACAGCUGCUCCAAGAGCGAGCUGAGUAUCACGGUAGCGUGGCCAAGAGGAAGGAGAAGAUGGCUGCUCUAGAAACUCAGGUGAAGCAGUUGGGGUUACAGGCAUCCCAAGACUGUGAAAGGUUGGCAAAGGACAGGAUAGUGACUUUGCAUCUGUUACAAAAGGAGCAAGACAAGCUGUGUGUCCUGGAGAAGAAGUACAACACCUUGACAGGAGGGCGAAACUUUCCAAAGUGCAGUGACAGCAGCAUGAAAGAGGAAUUGCUUCACAUCAGCGAACCCAACCUUAUUUAUGUGGAUGGUUCUCCUCAUAGUCCCUGUCCUUCCUCUGCCUCCUUCUCCUCCUCAUCCUCUCACAUCCCCUCCCCUGAACUCUAUCCUGUCAGGCUACAAGAGGAGUACCUCAGGAUGUCUGAUGUCUAUAGGAUGUAUGGAAAUGCUUACAUGCAGCCUCACUCUUCUUCUCCUGCUGCUCUCCACUGCCUCUCCCUCACUGUGGCUCCUGCUCUGCCAACUGAGGAGUACAUCACAGUUAGUCAGUUAAGUCAGAUCUUUGGGAUGCAGCGAGUUGAUACCUCCUCUUCCUCCUCCUCCUCUAUGCCAUCAUUCCAACUUGCCUCCUCUGAAUCCACCCUCUCAUGCCACACAACUGCACGUGGUCCUUCCUCCUUUCUCUCUGCACAGAGCCAGCCUGAGCUGAGCAGGAAUGCAUUGCCGCCUCUUAAUCUUGAGCGCUGGUAUCAGGAAAUCAUGGCAGCUGGAGAGCCUCAGCCAUGCCCUCCACCGCUGCCUGCAAAGUCUUUUGCCGCACGCAGACAUGGGCAGCUGUCAAAAUCCAAAUCUGAUGGUGAAGUUGGACAGGGAUCAUCAAACAGAAGCACCACUGCACUGCCACACUGCAGUGGUGCUGCACAGGAGAAAAAUGCAUCCACAAAGGGGUUACACUUAGCGCUGAGAGAGAUGUCAAACCCAUUGGAGAUGGACUCCAGAAGGCAACUGGCUCUGCCGAGCAGAGAUGCAUCUCCCACAGUCCAUCACUCCAUCCUGCAUCACCAGCCGCCACCCAGUGGCAACCAGGCGUAUGACACCCUGAGUCUGGAGAGCUCAGACAGCAUGGAGACCAGCGUCUCCACCGGCAACUCCGCCUGUACCCCAGAAAGCGCCUGUGGGUUAGAGGCCCAGAGGAUAGAAGAGAUGGAAAAGAUGCUGAAAGAAGCACAGCAGGAGAAAGCCCGACUGAUUGAGAACAGAGAGAGGGAGGUGCAGGCUCGGCGGCAGAUGUUAGAGGAGGAGCGGAGGAGGCGAGAGGAGGCCGAGAGGAGGCUUCAGGAUGAGACGGCCCACAGGCAGAGGCUGGUGGAGGAGGAGGUGAAGAUGAGAGAGAAGCAGUUCUCCCAGGCCCGUCCAAUGACGCGCUAUCUGCCGAACCGCAAGGAGGAGUUUGACCUGCGUGCCCACGUGGAGUCGUGCGGCCACAACAUAGAUACCUGCCCCUUCGUCAUCCUUUCAGAGAAAAUGUGCAAGGGCCACCUGGUGAAGAUGGGCGGCAAAUUCAAAUCCUGGAAGAAACGCUGGUUCGUUUUUGACCGUCUCAAGAGGAACUUCUGUUAUUACGUGGACAAGCAUGAGACCAAGCUGAAAGGGCUCAUUUACUUUCAGGCGAUCGAAGAGGUUUAUUAUGAUCACCUACGCAGCGCCACCAAGAGCCCUAAUCCAUCUUUGACCUUCUGUGUGAAAACUCACGACCGACUUUACUACAUGGUGGCCCCAUCCCCCGAGGCCAUGAGGAUCUGGAUGGAUGUCAUAGUAACGGGUGCAGAGGGCUAUACGCAGUUCAUGAGCUGAGGGACCAAAGGGUGAGCGAUGCGGUUGAUGUCGGCAACUGAGUGAGCACCCAGACACCUGCGAGCCAACCCGAGCGGCUCGCUGCCAGAGCCGGGACUGAAAUCAAACAGGCUGACGGCGUUUAACGGAUGGACUUUUAAAGAGAUGAAUAAUCUUGGGCCCGAUGCCUUUGAGCAGAUGAGGGUUCACUCAUGACAAGGGUGCAUUUCAGAGAAUACGAGAGUUGUAUUUAUCUUUCAGCCAGAGCUGUGUGAGUAGAAAAAAACAGUCUGAGUAGCCUGCCAGUAGAUUUGUAAGACUUCUCAGCUACAUCAAUCACAUUCAAGUACCAAAUGUACUGUCAGUAAUUACAUUAUGAUAUUUCAGGAAGAACUUUUCUUACUUUAUAUAAGCUCAAACUGUUUACACCUCUGAAGCUGAUCUAUGCAUGCAGUUUUUUCACGCUAACCUUUUUGAUAAAUUUGUACUUUCCCAGUUUAACUUUUUGCAAAUUAAAAAAAUAGCCUCUCAGUAUUUAAAAAAAUAAAUAAAUAAAAAUCACUAUAUAAAGUAAAAACAACUUAAACAGCUACUCUAAAAUAUCUGAUUGAGAUACAUAUUAUUUGGUGCCAAAUACUUGUUUAUUAAACAAAUGUUAAUACCACUCUAUGUAUUAUGCUAGGAGCUUUUCAUUUAGGCAAAGCUGUCUGUAUUUUACAUAAAUACCCAAUGUCAAGCUAAAGUAUAAUAAGAUUUUAAUAAGAAUGAUAAAUUAUAUAAUAGUAUUGUAA